GACAUCGUGGGAAAUUCCUUGUCAUAUCAAGGCCACGACGCAACCCGUCCUCCUUGCUCUCGACGACCACCAGCCCAUUUUCCAUCCACGACCUUUCCCGACGCCAAUCAUCGUGAGUGUCGGUGCUUGCGAUGUCUGCCACCGACAAGCUCCAGCAGCACCCCGCCGUCCAGCAGGCGCAGGUCAAGGCUCAGUACUACCUUGGCCAGCUCGACAAGGAGUUGACGAAGUAUCCCGUCUUGAACUCGCUUGAGGCGCGUUCCCAAGUUCCAAAAACGUAUAUCGUCAUCGGCAGCGUUACCCUCCUCGCCGCUCUGCACCUCAUCAACAGCCUUGCGGCGCCGGUAUCGAACCUGGUCGGCUGGGCCCUCCCCGCGUACCUCUCCUUCAAGGCGAUCGAGAGCCCGAGCGCGCAGGACGACAUCCAGUGGCUGACGUACUGGGUCGUGUUCGGCUUCUUCACGUUCACCGAGAGCUUCGCUCUGCGCGUCGUCCUCUACUACUUCCCGUGGUACUUCGCCUUCAAGACCCUCUUCAUCAUCUGGCUUCAGCUUCCCUACUUCCGGGGUGCCCAGACCACCUACAUCACGUUCCUCAAGCCUCUGCUCGCGCAGAUCAGCUCCUCUCGCGUCGUUGCCCCGACGUCGCCCGAGACCACCUCGGCUGCCGCUGAGUAAAUAGCUGGCGUGUAGGUGCGGACCGACGAGGAUAUACGACGGGAGAUCGUUGGUCAUGUACUUGUGUCUUGUUCGCCGUUUUCACUUCAUGCGUACCUAUCCUUGCCUAUUCACGUUACCUGGUUCAUAGAACGAACAUUUACUUUCACGUGUCAGUUUCGUAAUGAUCAUGACUUCAGAGACAUG